AUGAUUAGAAUACUUCGAACCCUCGUUCUGUGUAUGAUGCUUUCUACGCCAACUUUGGCUGUUACCAAAUCAUUUCAUAUGGCUAAAAUUUUAACCCUUCUUCCAUUUAAUGAUAGUUAUGUGUUUUCGUACAGAAGAGUACGAACUGCCGUAGAAAUAGCAGUCAAAGAAGUUGAAAGGAGAAAAUUAUUGACAGUUACUAAUUUAGUGGUAUAUUAUGCCGAUUCCAAUUGUUCAAUAGCUGAUGGCAUGAAAGAGGCCAUCAACUUCUAUGCCGAGAAAAGAGUUGAUGUUUUCUUCGGGCCGGUUUGCGACUACUCUGCAGCACCAGUUGGUCGGCAGAGUAAAUUUUGGAAUAUUCCCAUGAUCACUGCCGGUGGCCUUGCAAGAAACUUUGGUCUGAAAAAGAUUGAAACCUAUCCUACAAUGACUAGAAUCGGUCCACAUAUUAACUCUUUGUACCAUUUCGUUCGUUGUCUUCUCAAUACAUUUGAAUGGAGAAGGGUGAAAUUAGUAUAUGAUCCACGAGGACAAGAAAGAAUUACUGAACUAUUGUGUCAUCUGGUGACCGAUGGUUUACAUACUGGACUCAGAAGUGAUGAAGAAUUCAACUUUACCCACACAUAUUUCAAGUUUCUAACGGUAGAUGAUAUUCUGGAGGCGAUGACAACGGAAAUUGGUGUGGAAUAUACAGCUUUCAGAAUAGCAUUAUGUCUUCUCCGCAGUAAACUAUUGAUAUUACAAGCCUUUUCUGUUUAUAAACCCCAAACGCUAUAA